AUGCCGAUCAAAAGGUUUGUCUGUCUCACUUGGUCUAUCUAUCUAUCUAUCUAUCUAUCUAUCUAUCUAUCUAUCUAUCUAUCUAUCUAUCUAUGUUUAUCACUUGUCCAAUAUUUUACUGUCAACCAUCAUGAACCCACUCUUUUCUCUCAAGGAACACUCACCCAAUUCUCUACUGUGUCAAUCAUAGCUCACCCAGUGUCUCUUGUGUCAGCCGUCACUCACCCUCUAUCUUCUGUGUCAGCCAUCGCUCACCCUUUGUCAGCCUUCACUCACCCACUCUCUUCUGUGUCAGCCAUCGCUCACCCACUGUGUCUGUCAUCGCUCACCCCUCUAUUCUGUGCCAGCCAUCGAUCACCCACUCUCUUCUGUGUCUGUCAUCGAUCACCCACUGUGCCAGCCAUCGCUCACCCAAAAUCUUUAGUUUUGUUCUCUCUUACAUCAUUUCUUCCUUUGUAUUUAAAGUUUACUUCUCGUCUUUCGUUUCACUUUAUAUUUCACUCUACUACACUUUCUUUCUUUCUUUCUUUCUUUCUUUCUUUCUUUCUUUCUUAUGGCAUUUUUUCAACGACAUUAUUUUGCAAUUUUCUUUCUUUUUUUCCUUCGCUUCCUUUCUUUCUUUCUUUUUUUCUUUCUUUCUUUCUUUGCCUGAUGUUUGAUAUUUACUACACUAUCCCUUUUCUAUUAUCAUGUUAUUUUAUCUAUCUAUCUAUCUAUCUAUCUAUCUAUCUAUCUAUCUAUCUAUCUAUUUAG